AUUUUCUUUUCUUUUCUCAACCGGGAAAAGGUAUCAUUGCAGCCUUUAUCCUUUAUCUCAGUGCUCAACUCGUGGCUCGUUUCAUAUGAACACUUACUCCCAACACCAUCUGCCCCUCAGCCGAUAGAAACAGCAACACAUCACCCACGACCUUCAUUUCGCAUAUUAAAUCAGCUGCGAAAUUUUGUGGUGUUUUGUGGUGAUAUAAUAUUCUCUCUCUUUACCCUUCUUUGUGCACUUCACCCUCUAGGAUCCGAUGUUCACUCGUAAACACUCCCACGGUAACACAGAGGAAAAACAAUCCUGCUUCGAUUAUGAACAGCUGUCUGGUAAGGGCAUCAUCUCGACUAAAGAUGUUAUGUCUGUCGGCAUUGAUUGGAACUACCUCUCAUCUACAGACAAAGAGUACACCGCAACUCUGCAAAAGUUCAACGGACCUAACGUUAAUUAUGCCGAUUUGGUGGCAAAGCUGAAAAAAAAGUGGGCAACUGCCUUCUUCUCAUUCCUGUCGAUGGUGAGAAGCGUCAAUUACCUAAGAUUCUUACUUGCUCUCCUACACAAAACAUUCAAAGAGUCCCCACUGGCUGUGAAGUACUGUCAAGAACUGUACCAAGACAAAAAACAGGAACUACCUUUCGUCCCCCUCGUAUCAUUGCUGCUAGAAGAUCAAGAUGCAUAUGUCUCAUACAAAACCUGCAUGAUAUAUACAACCCUGCUUCUCGGGAUGGAAAACAUAGACAACUCCGACGCCAAAUUCCUUCUGACGUGGCUCCGCGAUAAGAUCGCAUACUCAAACGAAAAAUCGAAACUCAAAAAUUCUGACCCAGCUAAAAAUUUUGACCCAACUAAAAAUCCUGAUUCAACUAAAAAUUCAGAUUCAACAGGUCUACCACAAAAACUGGCUAUGACGUUCCUGCAAAAGAUCUUGACUGUUUCCAAAUACCGAUUCAUUUUUUGGGAACAGGGCGGGCUAGAAGCGCUCACCGUAUACGUCCAUCUUCACACUGAAGAUUUCAAAAACACUCAAUUGCUCUAUGAAGUCAUGCAUUGCCUCUGGCUUAUGUCCUUCAAAGAGAAAAUUCGAUGGACGUUCACAGACCCCGUUCUCAUCUCCGACUUAAUUGAAAUCCUCAAGCAUGUCUCUAAGGACAAAGUCAUCCGCCUCACUCUAGCUACACUCUGCAACAUUUUAAAUGUCGGCCAAAACAACCAAAUGAUGAUCAGCUACGGAAUCAUGCGUUGUAUAGACAUAUUUUCCACAAAAAAAUGGAGCGACGAGGAUAUUAGCGAAAGUCUGGAAACAUUAAAGGUUACUUUAGAAAAGGAAGUCGUCAAUCUGUCCUCCUUUGAUGUUUACAAAAACGAAGUUCUAGGUCUGAAACUUGACAUGUCCUCUCCAAUACAUAAAUCACCCACUUUUUGGCACUCUAACAUCUCUCGAUUUGAUGAAAACAACUACUUUAUCAUUAGAAAACUAAUCGAGAUACUCAGGGACCCGAAUGUCUCUUCCAAAGUUCUCGCUGUAGCCUGCUGGGAUGUCGGCGAAAUCAUCAGAUUUCACCCGCAAAGGAACUUCGUACUCAAACAGAUCGAUUUGAAAUCGCCUGUCAUCCUUUUGAUUGACCAUCCAGAUGCAGAAGUCAAAAAGGAAGCUCUGCUCGCACUCCAAAAGUUCAUGAUCAUCAACUGGGAACUCUUGGCACAAGAUUAGAACUGCACUCACCUUGACACUCUACAGAAAGAACACCAGUUUCUAAUAAAAAGAUAUACAUUAUUUGAAA